AUGGAGGAGGAGAAUCCUCUGCCUGGGUUGGAGCUGCACCCCACCUACCGCUGCCCCCCCGUCCCACGCUGCUCCUUCAGGUUCUGUGGCCCCGUGUUCCACUCCGUGGGGGCAGAGCCAGGCAGGUUGGGGCUGCGUAGAGCAGCUGCCCCACCUCUGACCCUGCAUGGGGUGGGCUCAGGAGAAGCCUGUGUCCAGGUUGGGGACCCAGGUGUGAGCCUGUGGGGCUGGGUGUGCGCGGCUCUCCAUAGGCCUCGUGCUCCCCACCACACUGAGGGUGCAGUCGGGGCAGCCCUGGUGGUCUUUCCUCCUCGUCCUUCUACGAGGUGGGGCCACUGGUGCAGCAGCGCCUCUUCACUGCGCCUCCCCUCCUUCCUCCAGGCCCCGACCAAGAAUGACAGGAGCACAGAGGGCAAGGCUCACAGGGAGCACCGCGAGAAGCUGGAACUGGUGGCUUCCUUCUCCUUCUUCGGCAACGUCAUGUCCAUGGCCAGCGUGCAGCUGGCAGGCGCCAAGCGGGAUGCCCUGCUGCUGAGCUUCAAAGACGCCAAGCUGUCUGUGGUGGAGUACGACCCGGGCACCCAUGACCUGAAGACACUGUCUCUGCACUACUUUGAGGAGCCGGAGCUGCGGGUAGGCAGGCUGCGCCCCACCCCGUCUGACCCUCUUCCUCCCCCACCGCCCUGCCCUCGCCCGCCCCCUUGCACCCAGGAGGGCGUGCGGAUCACUCUUGACUGUGCCCAGGCGGCCUUCAUCUCCUACGACAAGAUGGUCAUCUCCCUCAAGGGCGGAGAGAUCUACGUGCUGACCCUCAUCACCGAUGGGAUGCGCAGCGUCCGUGCCUUCCACUUCGACAAGGCCGCCGCCAGCGUGCUCACCAGCAGUAUGGUCACCAUGGAGCCUGGGUACCUGUUCCUUGGCUCUCGCCUGGGCAACUCCCUCCUUCUCAAGUACACGGAGAAGCUGCAGGAGGCCCCGGCCAGUGCUGUCCGGGAGGCUGCUGACAAGGAAGAGCCUUUGUCAAAGAAGAAGCGAGUGGACUCCACAGUGGGCUGGUCAGGUGGCCAGUCCGGGCCGCAGGACGAGGUGGACGAGAUCGAGGUGUACGGCAGCGAGGCCCAGUCGGGCACACAACUGGCCACUUACUCCUUUGAGGUGUGUGACAGCAUCCUCAACAUUGGACCCUGUGCCAAUGCGGCCAUGGGCGAGCCCGCCUUCCUGUCUGAAGAGUUUCAGAACAGCCCCGAGCCGGACCUGGAGAUCGUGAUGUGCUCUGGCUACGGCAAGAACGGGGCCCUGUCCGUGCUGCAGAAGAGCAUCCGGCCCCAGGUGGUGACGACCUUUGAACUUCCUGGCUGCUAUGACAUGUGGACAGUGGUUGCCCCUGUGCGCAAGGAGCAGGAGGAGACCCCUCAGGGCGAGGGCGCGGAGCAGGAGCCCAGCACCCCUGACACAGAGGACGACGGGCGGAGACACGGGUUCCUGAUUCUGAGCCGGGAGGACUCCACCAUGAUCCUGCAGACUGGGCAGGAGAUCAUGGAGCUGGACACCAGUGGCUUUGCCACACAGGGUCCCACAGUCUUUGCCGGCAACAUCGGCGACAAUCGCUACAUCGUGCAAGUGUCACCGCUCGGCAUCCGCCUGCUGGAAGGAGUGAACCAGCUGCACUUCAUCCCUGUGGACCUGGGCUCCCCCAUCGUGCAGUGCGCCGUGGCUGACCCCUACGUGGUCAUCAUGAGCUCCGAGGGCCACGUCACCAUGUUCCUGCUCAAGAGCGACUCCUAUGGGGGCCGCCACCACCGCCUGGCUCUGCACAAGCCGCCGCUGCACCAUCAGUCCAAGGUCAUCGCCAUGUGUGUGUACCGUGACGUCAGUGGCAUGUUCACCACCGAGAGCCGCCUGGGCGGGGCCCGCGAUGAGCUUGGGGGGCGCAGCGGCUCCGAGGCAGAGGGCCCAGGCUCAGAGACCAGCCCCACAGUGGAUGACGAGGAGGAGAUGCUGUACGGGGACUCGGGCUCCCUCUUCAGCCCCUGCAAGGAGGAGGCGCGCAGGAGCAGCCAGCCUCCCACCGACCGGGACCCCACCCCCUUCCGGGCUGAGCCCACACACUGGUGCCUGCUGGUGCGGGAGAACGGAACCAUGGAGAUCUACCAGCUCCCUGACUGGCGGCUGGUGUUCCUGGUGAAGAACUUCCCGGUGGGGCAGCGGGUGCUGGUGGACAGCUCGUUCGGCCAGCCCGUGGCGCUCGGGAGUCGCCAGAGCCGGCCCUACCUGCUGGUGCAUGUGGACCAAGAGCUACUCAUCUACGAGGCCUUUGCCCACGACUCGCAGCUCGGCCAGGGAAACCUCAAAGUUCGCUUCAAGAAGGUGGCGCUCGGGAGUCGCCAGAGCCGGCCCUACCUGCUGGUGCAUGUGGACCAAGAGCUACUCAUCUACGAGGCCUUUGCCCACGACUCGCAGCUCGGCCAGGGAAACCUCAAAGUUCGCUUCAAGAAGGUCCCCCAUAACAUCAACUUCCGAGAGAAGAAGCCUAAGCUGUCCAAGAAGAAGGCGGAGGGUGGCAGCGCCGAGGAGGGGGCCGCGGCCCGUGGGCGAGUGGCGCGCUUCCGCUACUUCGAGGACAUUUAUGGCUACUCGGGGGUCUUCAUCUGUGGGCCUUCACCUCACUGGCUCCUGGUGACCAGCCGGGGGGCCCUGCGGCUGCACCCCAUGGGCAUCGACGGCCCCAUCGACUCCUUCGCCCCGUUCCACAACGUCAACUGCCCCCGCGGCUUCCUGUACUUCAACAGACAGGGCGAGCUGAGGAUCAGCGUCCUGCCGGCCUACUUGUCUUACGAUGCCCCGUGGCCCGUCAGGAAGAUCCCGCUGCGCUGCACAGCCCACUAUGUGGCCUACCACGUGGAGUCCAAGGUAUAUGCUGUGGCCACCAGCACCAACACUGCGUGCACCCGGAUUCCACGCAUGACGGGCGAGGAGAAGGAGUUUGAGACCAUCGAGAGAGAUGACCGCUACAUCCACCCCCAGCAGGAGGCCUUCUCCAUCCAGCUCAUCUCCCCCGUCAGCUGGGAGGCCAUCCCCAAUGCCAGGAUCGAGCUGGAGGAGUGGGAGCACGUGACCUGCAUGAAGACGGUGUCGCUGCGCAGCGAGGAGACCGUGUCCGGCCUCAAAGGCUAUGUGGCCGCGGGGACCUGCCUCAUGCAGGGGGAGGAGGUCACCUGCCGCGGGCGGAUCCUGAUCAUGGACGUGAUCGAGGUGGUGCCCGAGCCUGGCCAGCCCCUGACCAAGAACAAGUUCAAGGUCCUGUACGAAAAGGAGCAGAAGGGGCCCGUGACCGCCCUUUGCCACUGCAACGGCCACCUGGUGUCGGCCAUCGGCCAGAAGAUCUUCCUGUGGAGCCUGCGUGCCAGCGAGCUGACCGGCAUGGCCUUCAUCGACACCCAGCUGUACAUCCACCAGAUGAUCAGCAUCAAGAACUUCAUCUUGGCCGCCGACGUCAUGAAGAGCAUCUCGCUGCUGCGCUACCAGGAGGACAGCAAGACGCUCAGCCUCGUCUCCCGGGACGCCAAGCCCCUGGAAGUGUACAGCGUGGACUUCAUGGUGGACAGCACCCAACUGGGCUUCCUGGUGUCUGACCGUGACCGCAACCUCAUGGUGUACAUGUACCUGCCGGAGGCCAAGGAGAGCUUUGGUGGCAUGCGCCUGCUGCGUCGGGCAGACUUCCACGUGGGUGCCCACGUGAACACCUUCUGGAGGACCCCGUGCCGAGGUGCUGCUGAGGGGCCCAGCAAGAAGUCGGUCAUGUGGGAGAACAAGCACAUAACGUGGUUUGCCACUCUCGACGGCGGCAUCGGGCUCCUGCUGCCCAUGCAGGAGAAGACCUACCGGCGCCUACUGAUGCUGCAGAACGCGCUGACCACCAUGCUGCCCCACCACGCUGGCCUCAACCCCCGCGCCUUUCGGAUGCUGCACGUGGACCGGCGCACCCUGCAGAAUGCCGUGCGGAACAUCCUGGACGGAGAGCUGCUCAACCGCUACCUGUACCUGAGCACCAUGGAACGCAGCGAGCUGGCCAAGAAGAUCGGCACCACACCUGACAUUAUCCUGGAUGACCUGUUAGAGACGGACCGGGUCACUGCCCACUUCUAGACCCCUGGAUACAGCCACUGCCACCACCCCUUUUUGUACAAAACACAGGAGAAAGAUUUGUUUGGUUUGA